AUGCAGUUUUCCAUCUUCACCUCCGUGGUUGUCGUUGGCCUGGCCGCUUUUGUCCAGGCCAACCCCGUCGCCGUUAGCCCUCGCGAUGUUGGCAAUCAGCUUGUCAAGGAUGCCUCUGCUGUGGUGAUGGAACUUGCUGCGGUUGCUGGGGAUGCUGCUAGGCAAAUGGUGCAAACAAAGUAA